GUUUUAAAGUAACCUGUGUAAGACAACACCUAUUGCCAUUGUUCUAUAUCAAAACACUUUCUUUUUAGACAAAAAAUACAUUAACACGUAAUGGAGGAGGAGGAAGAAACUGUGGAUGGAAAUGGAGAGUCAGUACCACAGUCUAAAGUUGUACUACCCACCUGCUGGGCUGACUUUGAUGUAUCCCUUCUCCUGCAAAGAGAUGUUUUAAUUGAUCCAUUUAUUAAAGCAUGGCCUGUAUAUUCUGCAAUCAAACAGUUUGAAAACAAAGAAGAUGAAGAGCAAUUAUGUAGUGGAGAGUAUUUCAUACCAGAUUUUGAAGAAGAGCCUCCUUCAUUUGAAAUGAAGGAGAAGUUUCUGAAAUCGUUGAUAGUAAAACAAGCUGUUGACAUACGGGAAUUUAAUAAGAAGUUACCAACGUCAGUUGCGUUAAAUAAACGAAUGGUGCUGCUUAAAGUAAUACUUCAAACUAUUCAUGGCAAAUAUCAUAAAAUGAAGCCUAGGAGUAAACUGGUGGUUUCAAGUAAAGACACAAAAGAAAAGGAAGCAAUGCGGCCUCAGAAAAGUUUUACUAAGAAAGAGACAGAUGUACUUUUAGAAAUGAGUGUCAAGACCAUCAUGUCGUUUAUUUUUUCCAUGAUGCGCAUAUCGUGGUCAUCACCUGACAUGAAUAUGAGAAUGCUAAGUUCAGAUGUUUUGCAAUCUUGUGCAGACAUGCUUACUAGUAUUCCUUCGCUUGCCCUUUCUAAUAAUUCUCGCUUGCCUAUUGUUGCAAGAAACGGGUUAAACAACGCAACUAAAUUUUUAGUUGAAAUUAUUGAAUCAAAGGAUAUUGACACAAAGUCUAAGACCCAUGCUUGCUCCAUAUCUCUUGGUUUGUCAAUUCUUCGUGGUGAUGUGAUGCUUUUGUUGGAUUGGAUUGAUGUUUGUUUUCGUACAGCUUUGAAAAAGAAAGAUGGUGGAAUAUCGUCACCAUUGUUUUGUCAUUGGCUUCAUAUGUUGACAGAGGAAGAGGAAAGCAAUGAAAAUGAAUCAGACUUGGAAUGUGUAACGUUACCCAAAGCUGCCAUGCAAGUGUUCCAAGUGAUAUCAAAGCAAGCAGUUAAGUACACUCAAACAUUAACAGGAGUUUCCUCAGCCACCGAUUCUAGUUUAUCACAAGAAGCUUAUGUUUGGGGAAGUAAUAGUAGUCAUCAGUUAGUCGAGGGUGUGCAAGAUAAAAUUUUGUUACCAAAGAAAAGCAGGACAUUUAAAACAGCAGUACAGAUUGAAGCAGGCCAAUAUUGUACAUUUGUAAUAUAUGCAGAUGGUUCUCUGUAUUCGUGUGGCAAGGGUACAUAUGGCAGACUAGGACUGGGCGAUUCAAACAAUCAGCAGCAUCUCCGUAGAGUGAAUAUAUGUGAUCGACACAUGGCACAAGUUUCAUCCUCCAAAGGAUCAGAUGGACAUACUUUGGCGUUAUCAAAAGAUGGAAAAGUGUACAGUUGGGGAGAUGGUGACUAUGGCAAAUUGGGCCAUGGGAAUACUCUAAUGCAGAAAGUGCCAAAAAUUAUCCAAGGUCCUUUCAGAAACAAGGUGGUUAAAUAUGUGGCUGCUGGAAGUAGACACUCUGCUGCUGUGACAGAGAAUGGAGAGCUCUACACAUGGGGCGAAGGGGAACAUGGAAGGCUAGGGCAUGGUGAUAGUGGCAGUUUGAAAGUACCAACAUUAGUUCGCAGCAUAGGUUGUGUUAGUCAGGUUGCUUUGGGGAGUUCUCAUACAGUAGUCCUGGCUCGUGACGGACUGACAGUAUGGACGUUUGGUGCAGGUGCUAAUGGUAAACUUGGGCAUGGUGACACUAACAGAAUAUUUCAUCCAAAAGUGGUUGAUGCAUUACUUGGAAUCCACAUUAGAAAAGUAGUGGCUGGUACGCAAUGUAGCAUGGCACUAACAUCAAACGGUUUGAUCUAUGUUUGGGGUUGUGGACCAUGUUUAGGGAUGGGUGCAGCAGACUUGGUUCACCUUCUACCAAAGAUUGUGACAGCCCUGCAAGACAAGCCUAUCAUUGACAUUUCCAUGGGUGAUAGUCACUGUUUGGCUUUGACAAGAGACAAUGAAGUAUAUGCCUGGGGAAACAACAGUAUGGGCCAGUGUGGAUUAGGUCAUUGUGUAACCCCUGUGUCUUCACCAACAAAAGUUCCCGAUUUGGAUGGUGUACGUAUUGAACAACUUUGUGCUGGCACUUCACAUAGUAUUGUAUGGACAGCGCAACCCGUUGAUAGAAAAAUGAUUGCUUUACACAAACCGUACAGUAUAUCUGUGACUGAAAAAACCUUUGCAAUUUUACGUUCAUAUUUGGAGAAGUAUUUUAUGUACAGAGAUGAGUUAAAUAACCUGGAAGAUCAAGACAACGAUUCGAGCUAUUCAAAUGAAUAUCUUGAAUGUACAUUAAACAUUCUAUCCAGCCAUCUUCUUCUUGCAGUGAAGGAUGAAACCUGCACACGGAACGUUUUAGGGGAAGAAGGGAAACCUAUAAUGAAGCUUUUGUUACAACUUAUUGACCAGCCAAAUCUUCCUGAGGAUAUGGUAUCAAAAAUCGAAUUUACUCUUCGAAUAGGUGCAAAGUUUCUCUUACCAAAAUAUGAUCAAUGGGUAGACAUGUUGUUGAAGUUGUUACCGCAAAGUUCAGAAGAUUUAAAAAAAGCAACAAUGGGACAGUUGCUGCACCUUAACAUCCUCCUUCAAAGUAUAAAAAAUCACGAAGAUGUUACACAAAUGUUUGGCUUUGCAUUGUAUGCUUCUAAUGAUAAAGAGACUGACUUAAAAGCCUUGGGUAUUAUUUUGCGUUUACUCCUAAGAAGUGCAGCAUUGCUUUCAGAUCAAAAGUUAGCAAAGAUCACUUCACCAAAACAUGAUCAACUACAAAGCUCUAUUUUUGAUUUUAUCAAUGUCCUACAGCUUCAUGUUGUUUCGUUUAUGAUCAACAAAGAAGAAGAUGCAGAGUAUGCACUUUGUCUUAACAUCCUUUGCGAGUACUUGGAAGUCUUUUGUCAACACGUUUUGUGUGCAAUAAAUAAUGCGUCUUCGCUUCUACAACACGAUAGCUGUCAAGAUAACGAACAACGAAACUGCAUUAUGGAUUAUAUUAGCCAUUCUUUAAGUGGUUCGCCAUUGUUUUCAUUGAUACAUCUUUUGCUUUGUUUACCUCCGCAACCAUUUCUGACAUUCAUUGAAAGAGGAUUCAUGGGUUUAUUUGCUGCAUUAAAUAAAAUCAACAAAUUAUCUCCAGCAUAUGAUAUUAUGGAGAUGCAAGAAAUGAAAUGGCCAUUUGCAAGUCCAGAAAAAAGCAAAGAUUUAGACCCGUGCAGUUUUCCAAUCCCAUCCAUCUCCAACCAUUGGGUGUGGUUAAUGGACUUGCAACGAACAAUCGGUGUACUUAUUGGAUGCAUUAUACAUGGUAGCAUGACUGUAUUAAUAGUAUCAGAUGAAGAAAUAGUUUCAAAACAUUGGUUAAAAAGUUCUGUACUCAAAAAUGGCUUUGAAGAAAGAGAAAAGUUAAAAGAACAUGCUUUGAAAGAGUGCUCAGAUCAAAUAGCACUAUGUUCCCUUCAGAACUUUUCAUGUGAUAUGACAACAGAGUUACCAAAGAAUAUCAAGUUUCUGGUUGACAUAGCUAAUGGGUUAUCUUCUGAUUUCAAUUUAUUACUAUGGCCAGAACUCUGUGAUCAUGCAAUUGCUACUGAAAUGUUUAUGGAAGAUGUGCCCAAAUAUCCGUUAAUAAUGGCAUCUCUUCGAUACACUUUUGCUGUUAUGGUCCACCACUGUGGAUUGGUGGAACAGAUUGCUCAGAACAAUUGUGACACUCAAAUGUUGUUUACAAUUUAUGAUGCAACACUUAAUGUUUAUUCAUAUUUAAACCAAACACUUCAAGAGAGCAACACAGAAAAUCAAUUGUCUAAUGAGAAGAAUGAUGAAUUAUCCAUGCAAGGUCGCAUUGUCAUUGAAGCAUGCGCUAUUUUACUGUUUUUACUAAAACCCAUGCACAACAAUGCAGAGAAGUUGACUUUAGAUAUUGUAAAAUUGACAUGCAAAGAUAUAGCAAGCAUAAUCAUCCUUUGUUUGAAAGAUGGAGUUGUUUCAGGUUCUGUGUUAGAGACAGCUGUUGAGAAUCAAGUUGCAAGAGCUGAAAUGCAGUUGCAGUGUAUUGAAUUAUUAAAAAAAAUUAUCACUGAUGAUAUUUCAUCUUCUGUUGUUAAAAACGAAGAUUACCGUACAAUACCUUCAUGUUUGCAAUAUCUUUCACAUGCUUCAUUUGGUAACCACCCUGAAUGUUUGUCUCGAUGCGAAGCCUUUUAUAAGAAUCGCUUGCAAGCCAUCCCAUUGCAUCUUGCAUCAAAAAUUCAAUCAAAUUACCGCCAGCUGUUGUCAGUACUACUUGCUACUUGUGAAGGUGGAAAUCCUGAAUACCUUCCUUUCCAAAAACUUCUAGUGUACUCAGCUUUUUCAUCCUAUUGGAAUGCAGAAGACUUAAAAGUUAUUAUUUCGUUAAAAUAUAUCACAAGUAUUAUGGCAUUUAAUUCAUCUUUGCUACAAUCGUUAUCUCUACAAGUGGCUGAAAAUAGUGACCACCUGCCCAAGGAACAUGUAAAAAUUAUGGUUGCCUAUAAUAUCACCUUGCUGCUAAGUAAAAUAAAUACAGUUGUAAACAAACCAGCUGGUGACUCAUUUUGCAGUGGAUUAAGCUCACAGAUCGGCUUCUUGAAAAGGUGUUGUUUAUCAAGUGAUCAUUAUGCUCAAAGCUUUGCCUGUGAAGAACUUGUCACUGGCCUUCUAUCUGUUGUUGAAAUGAAUUCUUGCAGUUUAUCGCUACGUAUUAUGACGUUGAAAUUUUUAAAGAUAGUGUUGAAGUCGAUCAAGGAAAACAACAAUAAUAUAAAAAUUACAAAGCUUUUUUCCUGUUUGUUUGCACAACUGCACAAACUUAUAUGGCAUGAGCCAUUCUCAAAUUCCCUUGAAGAGGGUAAAGACAGAAAAUCUCAUCUAAUUCCAAUCAAAUUUAUGUCUAAUCCUACCAACGUUGUUUUGGAAGAUCGACGGACGGUAGCUCAUGGUCCAGGUGGAAAGGGAUAUGCACUUGUGGAUACAAAUGUUGUUGGGGAUAAUGCUUAUUAUGAAUGGAAAUUUCUCAUCAAGCAAGAUGUGAAAGGAAAUGAAGGUACAUGCAUUGGUGUUUCUAAGUACCCUGUAAAAAACAGUGAUUAUCAAAUGACGGCCGAGAUGUGGUUGUACAGAGGGUAUAAUGGCAAACUAUAUAACAAUGGCGAGAAAACCUUGAAGUUUCCUUCAUUUACACAAGGAGAUUAUAUAACUUGUCGAUUUGAUCGGAAUGAACGCACAUUAGCAUUCGGAAAAAAUGGAGAGGAGCCAAGAGUUGCUUUUGGUGAUUUACCUCGCACCAGUUUAUACCCAUGUGUAUUGUUCUACAGCCUGUCACCAGGAGAAAAGGUUACAAUAACAGACCUGAUGAAAAGAAAUGUGAAAAAGACAUCAUUGUGCGAGGAGCCAGCGUCAGCACCUUCACCCAUGGCACUAUGUGAGGAAGCAAGAAGUGUUAUUAUACUUAUGCUUAAUCAUGCACUAUGGUCCAAGUCAUCUACUGUUUCGUUUAAAAGCCUCUGUUUAGAAGCUGAACAAUGGCUUUGUCAAAAUCCCUGUAAGACAGUUGAAAACAUUAAUACAUUAUGCGAGAAGUUAUUUCCUGUAUUAGUCACUUUUGGUGGCAUUGAUCGAGGCUUAUCUUGUGGUCGAAAGUGUACAGGCACCACUGGUCGCAAUGCAAUGCUAAUUGGUGGAACAUGCAAGGGCACAAAAGUUUGUAUACAGUGGAAUGACACCCUUACUAUUAAUCAGUUAGAUUACACACAAUUCACGGCUGAAUCUUCCCCUGAAUUUCCUGAUCCGUCUGUGGUUGGUUUAUCAAUUGUGCAGUUGCUGUCAUUGUUGUGCGAGAAUCGUACUAUGCUUCAGUAUUGCUUAACGAACGAUUGUAAUCAAAUGGAAGAAAGUUUGCCAAAAACUUGGCCUAAAUUGUUUUCAUCGGUAAAAGGUCAAAAGUUAUAUAAAGAAUUAUUUCAUGCAACAUUUACCCUGCUUAAUUUAAAAUCCCUACUACAUGUGGUUAAGUCUUCACAAUUUGGAACAGUGCUAUCAAACUAUGCAGCCACGAUCGGAAAGAAGAAAAGUUUUAAGGAAAGUAAGAGUAAAGUCAAAAAAAAGGAUUCGUUAAAUAAUGAAGAGAGGGAAGAAAAUAAUCACUUUGUUAGUCUUUUAAAAACAUUAUUGUCUGUGGCCCAAAUGAAAAGAUUUGCAUCGAUACAACGAAGAGUAAACAUUGGUCAGUUGGAAAGAUCACUGAAUAUAAUCCAUAACGCAAUCAGCAAAAGCACUUUUUUAUUUGAACAAGACAAAACUUCUCUUGUAGAGAACGAAAAAGAGACUUUUGUUGCAACAAGUCUGUCUCAGGAUGAUGCUGAUAUUUCUCAAGGCCAAACUUCACAACAUAAUCCACCACAGAAUUUGCCACGUCGAAGACAACUUCAAGAUCUUCUUCUUGACCAACCAUAUGAAUUUAUGGAGAAUAGUGCCCAAGCUUCAGUAGUUGAUCAAAGGGAAAACUCAACUGCAGAAAAUGCUGGUAGACCCACAAGUCCAACUCAGGAAAAUCAGCAUAUGUUUGGGUUACAUGAUGCACUUGGUUUACGUCGUAGAAGGGUGUUUUCGUUGCUCAACAGAAGAACAACAUUUCGUGAUCGGGAAGAACAUCAAAGAGAGCGAAGAGUGACUAGCCAAACUAGGAGUAACAGAAAUCGAAGUGCGAAUCAACCAUCUGAUGACAACACAAAUCAAUCUAUGGAAAAUGGAAUAAUUCAACAAGUGGUAAAUAUGGGUUUUACUGAGAGUCAAGUGCAAAGAGCUAUAGCAUCUAAUCCAGGAAGGCCACAAGGGAAUCAGUCUCGAUACUUGCAACAAAUUGUAACGUGGCUUAUUGAUCACCCUUCGUCUGACAAUGAUGCAGACUCUGUUGAUGAUAAUGAUGAUGACUUUGAGAUAAAUCAUGUCAAUGAAAAUGAGUUUGAAAUGGAAAGUCAAGAAGCAUCGAUUAGUUUUGAUCGCCCUGCUUCCCUAGGGGAAUUGUUGCAAUCUAUGAUGACUAAUGAAAAUCCAAUGGCUCCAAACGACCAGCUUCGAUCAAGUUUACGGGCUGUAGUUGAAAGUAAUGAAGAAAACAAUGAAGUUUUAAACAUGGAUACUGGACUUAUGGAUGUGUCAGUUCCAUCAUCAGUUUUUUCCAGGUUGGCACAGAAUUUUCGACAAACAGACACUGGUCCUAUUUAUUGUGAUAUAUGUCAAGAGAAUGUUGACAACUUUAAUCGACAUAUGCACUCAGAACAUCCAGGAUGUGGAAGCCUUGACAGCAACCAUGGUUAUCGCAGCAAUGGGUUAUAUUUAGGGGGCUGGUUCGGUGGCCUUUGUGGUACUGGAUCACCAUAUUAUUUAUUGUGUCAAGAAUGUCACUCUAAAUAUAUGAGGAAGGAAAUUGAACCACUGUUAACGGUCCCGAAAGACUAUCCAUUUCAAAUCUCCGAAGUUAAAGAAGCUCCAGAAUUUCUGGGUCAAUCUACACCACCUUUAAUAAAUUCAGAUUUCCCAUAUUCCUUAUUACUGCAUAGCGAGGUUAUUUUGAAUUCCCAACCACCUGGAGCUGUGUUAUUCGAAGCACCAAAUCCAUUAGGUCGUGCUUCAACGGAUGCUGUGCCUACAUUGACGUUAACUAAAAUAGUAGAAAGCGAACCAAAAGAUAAUCGAAAACCUAUCACUCACCAGGCUAUGGCAUUAAAGAAUUAUCAAUCUGCUUGCUAUGGCUUGAGACGAAUUACAGAGAAAGCUGAAGAGAUGCUUUAUAUGGAUAUUUUCUUGCAUGUACUUGCUGUUUUAUCAACUAGUGUGUCACCAGAACACCUUGUGCAUGCUUUAAGGGAUCUUGCUGUUCACAAUGUGGACCGUUUACUCGACAUACUGCUGCAGGUGUUAGAUGUUAAAGGCAGUGAUUAUUGUCAACUGCCAGAUACGUUGAAAUCCAGUAAAGAUGUUCUGUUGGGAGUAAUUCGAGCAAUAUUACUGGAAAAGGAAAACGAGCUGUUGAGAUUUGUUGCAAUUUGUAAAGAUACCCUUCUACUUCAUGCCAAUAAAGAGCUGGAAAAUAAAAGCUGCUUUAAUGAAGAUGGUGCACGUUCUCGACAAGGUGAUAAAAAUUGUGGUAAUGUUAAAUUGAUGCUGAAGAAAGUGAAGGUCAUUGUGGACAUUGUGUGUUGCGAAGAUAUCGUGUUACUCAUGAGUAAACACAUGGCACCGCAGCUAGCUGAAUUAUUGGAUGCUCUUUCAGUCUGUGUUUAUUCGAACAACAAUGGGUUAAGAAGGUGGUCCAUGACAAAGUUAGAAGUUAUUCUUACCAUUCUUUUGGAACCAAAGAUGGAUCUUUUUUGCUCUUGUCACCCCUCUGAGUCUUUGAGAGAAGUUGCCAUGGAAUGUGAGUGUUUGGUCAGUAAAAUACACGCUUUUGCUUGGAAUAGCAAGAAAAAAUUGUUUAUUGCCAGUGAUGGUGAAGGAAAUAUGGUUGUGGACCGAUUAACUGAUCUCUCAAGAAAUGUAUUGUCAAGUAGAUUUCCAGCUGGUGUUGCUGGCGACAUCACAAACAUGAAAUUUAGUAAUUCUGGAUCAACUGUGGUUGGAACAGUUAAUGGAUGUUUGUAUAUGGCUUCCAUAAAAGAAGUAAUUUUUCAAAGUGUUGACAUAAGCAAGGUUACAUGCUUCGAAUGGUUGCAACCAAUUUCUGAAUCCACUUCAGAAGAUCUAUUGCUUGUGGCUACUGAAGACGGUAGUGUACAGUCGAUUUGUUUUGAUGAACAACAGAAGUACGUCACCAAACAUCUGGGUCAUUGCAGUUACAGAGAUUUCGUGACUUCACUAGCAUGCUGUGGUUCUGUGAGUAAGAACUGUUUGGUAGUUGGUUAUUCUAGUGGAAUGAUGUUUACUGGUAGCACUGAUGAAGAAACAUGGAAUACUUGGAAUCACCCUCACACACUUGCAAUCAAUGGGAUAAAGUUUGAUUCAUCAGCCACAUGUUUUGCCACUGUUAGCAAUGAUCAUGUUGUCAAGGUUUGGGCUGCUGGCCAAGAGAGAUUGGCGCUACUUCAUACACUAGAGUAUGAUCGCCAACUACCAACGGUGUUGACAUGGAAACCAUGGAAAACAAAAGAGCAGUAUUUAGAAAUUGCAGUAGGUUAUGCAAACGGCACAGUUAAUAUCUGGAAAUUUUUAAAACCAGAGAAACCAUCUCCCCUUACUGAGAACGACUUUCACGUGAAAUCAGAGAUCGAUGAGCUGUUGUUGACCGAUAUUGAUACCUACGAUAAUCAACACGCCAUAUUUUCUGCUGACUCAUUGCAUUACCAAAACCUGUCCAAUCAUUCGUCAGCUAUUGCAAUGCUCUCCUAUAAUAAAGUUGGAUCGAUUCUUGCGUCUGCUUGCCAACGCGGUUUGAUAUAUGUGAACCUUUUGGAGGAUCAAACAAAGGGAGCCAAUCAGAUUAGCAAGAGCAACGCACCAAUCACGUGCAUGUUUUGGUUGGAUGAUUCUUCCUCACUUGCAUAUAUUGGUCAAUGUUCAAAGGACAUCAUUGUUGUCAACGUACCACUUAUUGAGGAAUCGACAGAAACUGUGUUAGAACAGCAUGUGAAACAAAUACUAAAAGAUUUAAAAAUAAAAUCAAAACGAGAGGGCAAACAUUUUUCGCUGUUUUUAAAGUUUAUCCCCCAUAUGUUGAAAAGUCAAUACAAGUUUGAACAGAACCAUGUGGGGACUGGUACGCAGCUAGUUUACUCAUCCUAUCUGCAGUCACUUACGAGUAUAGCAAUGCUACUAAAAUAUGACAAUGUUGUUAAUUUGCAAGCUGGUAGUGUGCGUUCUGAAGGAGAGUGUGACGGCCUACAAUGGUUUCAUUUGUUUUGUAAAACCGUUCGAUCCGGGUUGGCACUUAAAAAUAGAGUUGCUUUUCCUGAAACGUUUUGGGAGAUGAGAAGAGAAGCGGAAUUCUGUGAAAUGAGCAAGGAUAACUCAGCAUGGACCCUUCAACAAGACGAACAAAUUAUGCACUGGUUUAGCAAUUCACCAAAAGACUGGGAACCAGAGUUGCCACAAAAUGUUUACGUUUGGGGAUCUGGGGCUCAAGGACAGCUGGCGGAAAUUAGUCCCGGUCGAUUAGAGCCUGAUUUGGUGCCUUCCUUUACGCAAGUUCGCGAGAUUGUGUGUGGUCAGAACUGCACGUUUCUUAUCCAAACUAACGGUACAGUGCUUGCUUGUGGAGAAGGAAGCUAUGGGAGGUUAGGCCUUGGAACGUCUGACGAUGAGCCUUCAUUAACACCAAUUACAGAACUUCAAGGCUAUAUCAUAGUACAAUUGGCCACGUCGUUAGGUAGUGAUGGUCACUCACUUGCAGUGGCAGACACUGGUGAAGUGUUCAGUUGGGGUGAUGGCGAUUAUGGGAAGUUAGGGCAUGGAAAUAGUGAACGACAGCGAAAACCAAAACAAAUUUUAGCAUUACAAAAUCAACACGUCAUUCAGGUGGCAUGUGGUUUUAAACAUUCCGUAGCAGUCACUAAUGAUGGAAAAGUUUUUACAUUUGGUCUUGGAGAAAAUGGCCUGCUUGGCGACGGCGGGAAUUCACCAAGAAAAAUUCCACAACAUGUGAUGUCUCUUAAAGAUGAGCACAUUGGACAGGUAGCCUGUGGUAAACAUCAUACUCUAGCCUUGACGUCUGAUGGUUGUAGACUGUACUCAUGGGGGGAUGGAGACUUUGGAAAGCUUGGUCUUGGCUCGGAUACUUCAAAAUCAACUCCGAAUCUCGUUGAAAGUCUCCGUAAUGUUGGACUGAAGAAAAUUGCUUGCGGUUCAAAUUUUUCUGUUGCGCUUGGAAAUAACGGAAGCCUGUAUACAUUUGGACAUCCAAACUUUAUUGGAAAUCCAGAUGCUGCAACGAAAGAUACAUCUAUUCCGCAAGUAGUUCAACCACUGUCCGGCCACCCAGUCACUGAUGUUGCCGUUGGGUGUGAGUUUGUGAUCGCUUUGGAUAGAGACCAAAGUCUUUGGACAUGGGGAACAAACUCUGAGGGACAGUUAGGAAUCGGAACCAAUGAGCCCCAUUAUACACCAUGCUUUGUGAACAUUGUAAGGGAUAAGAAACUAACAAGAGUCUCUGCGGGUACAUCCCAUUGUGCAGCAUGGUCUGGUGCACUGGUUUGUGCUCGUCUACCGUUAAAUUUAACACUGGGCACGCCUUCCCAUAUUCCACCAUAUUAUCAUACGUUGCAAAAUGUGGAGCUUACAACAGUUCGUGGCCGACUUCAGGUGUUGUGGAAAUUUUCAGAAAUGGUGCACCAAUGUUGGAAGUUAAUGAGUUUAAAUAGAAUGGAGUUUAUGCAAGAUGCUGUAUCUAAUAUCUUCCACGAUGGAGUGCUGAGAUCUUUACUGACGAUGAGAACACACUCCCUUCCGUUGGCGCGUGCAUUGAGAGCAAGUUCUUCACAAACUAGAGUAGCUACACCAACGAUUUCAGUAAAACGAUUUGAUACGAAGGGGAACCCGUGUAAACCUGUGUUCAAACAAGUUGCAGAGCAGAUAUUAAACCUAAAACCCCCUGAUUCCUUGUUGUUGACUAAAGCGUGGAAAGUUAAACUUGUGAAUGAAGCAGCUGACGAUGCAGGGGGUGUGUUUGAUGAAGUUGUUACUCAUAUCUGUAUGGAAUUGGAAGAAAGAAAAGAAGUUAAGCUUCUCAUACCAACACCAAACAGUACAGUGGAUGUCGGUUUUAACCGUGACCGAUUUUUGCUAAAUCCAGCAAUGACGUCAUAUGAAGCAUUACGUCAUUUCAAAUUUCUCGGCAUUUUAAUGGGUGUAUCGAUCCGCACUAAAAAGCCGUUGAAUUUACAUCUCGCACCGAGUGUUUGGAAGCAGCUCGUGGGGAUUGAGUUGAAAUUGAGUGAUAUUGAGGAGUACGACGUGCUGUUCGUCCAAAACAUUAACAUGCUGAAACGUUUGACGUCAAAAAUAGAUGAUUCCAACGCCGACGAAUCAAUACCGCUUAUGUCGUACGUCUGCCAGUCAUCCGACGGACGUCUUAUACCCUUAAUUACUGGUGGAGAUAAUGUAUCACUAAAACGAAUGGACUGUCCUCAUUAUAUCAAGAAAGCGACGUCGUAUCGCCUAAAUGAGUUUUUUCUACAAAUUCAGUGUAUAAGGGAGGGCUUGACGUCCGUCAUUCCGAUGCCGAUUCUGUCGUUACUGACAGGCAGCAGAUUGGAGCAGUUAGUGUGUGGUUGUUACGAUAUCAAUGUAGGAAGCUUGAAGAAAAUUGCUCGAUACCGUGAAUUGUCCGUAAACGAUGACCAAGUAAAAUGGCUUUGGCAAAUCCUGGAAAAUUUUACUCGCGAUGAAAUGGUGAUGUUCCUGCGUUUUGUGUCGGGGAGAUCUCGGCUACCGGUCAACUUAAGUGACAUGCCACAUAAAUUUCAAAUAGUCGGAGCGGACAAGCCUCGUGAUGGUUUGCCAACAGCACAGACUUGUUUUUUUGUCUUACGAUUGCCGCCAUAUACGACAAAGAAAGUAAUGGCAGAGAAGCUGCGAUACGCCAUUAACAAUUGUCGAGCUAUUGAUACGGACAAUUAUAUGUUAGAACAAAAUGGUAUGUUUACAUAGCGAGUGGUUUCUAAGUAAGCAUUUUUGACUGGUUUCUAUCAUGUCAAGGGUGAAUACGAUUCUUCAUGCACAAACGCAACACAGGGAAAUUAUCCGCACUAUAUGAUACUGGGUAUCCGAAAAGUUUUUCUUACGCAGGGGUGUGAGCCAAGCAAGCAACGUCGAAUUAUAACCGUUUAAGAUUUUGACUUUAACCUAAUAGCCUAAGAUCUCCAAUCCAAAGUCCGCUGGGAACAAAAAAAAAGUUUGACAAAUUCGGAGUGCGUGUUACUUAGAUAGAAACAGAUCCUCAACUUCUUUUGCUUAUCAUCUUCGAAAUUCAAACCUACUAUCCAGUAUAUUAUGUCCAGGGUUGUGGCCAGCUCUUAUCAAGUGCUGCUUAAUACGAGUAUUGCAGUGGUACUAAUCCAGUUAUACCUUGACGAUUUGAUAGAAACCGGCCAUUAUAAAUUAUACUCACCAUGCAUCAUAAUUUAUUGUCUUGUCUGUAUUUUAUCCUUUUGUGGGUUGUUUAUUAUCUGGACUGUAUUUUAUUCUUUUGUAGUUAGAAUUUAGUCGCAUAACAUAUAUUAGGUCUAUAAGUUAUUAUGAAUUAUUAUUUUCGUACUUUUAAACUUUUAAAGAAAGAUUUGUGUUUUCAUUUUUACCGCAAAUAAACAUGUGUGAAAAUUGUCUUUA